UAGAUGUUAUAAAUAAUUAAGCAACAGGAUGCAGAAACGAAAUAUAGUGUCAUGGUUGGAGCGGCGAGAGACUGUUUUUGAUAUAAAUCGUUCAUUUGAAAGGAAUUUACAAGUUAAUACUCCAUUUGCAAGAAGACUUGGUUUGGAACAGGAACUUGAGGGUCACUCUGGAUGUGUUAAUUGUUUACAAUGGAAUGAAAGUGGAGAACUACUGGCAUCAGGUUCAGAUGACUUUCAAAUUAUUGUAUGGGAUGUUUGUAGGCGCAUGCGCAAAUAUAAAUUAGAUUCUGGACACCAAGGAAAUAUUUUUGCAGUUAAGUUUCUUCCGUACUCCAAUGACAACACAAUUGUAUCAGCUGCUGCAGACGCUUCCGUACGAGUCAAUAGUGUGUCUACUGCAGAAUGCAUUAACCAUUUUGAGUGCCAUACACGCAGAAUAAAAAGACUUGCCAUUACAAAAGAAAGUCCUUUUAUAUUGUGGAGUGGGUCCGAAGAUGGUACUGUCAGAGAAUUCGAUUUGCGAGAACCACAUACGUGUCAAAGUAAUCUUCCUUGUUCAAACGUACUAAUAAAUUUAACUGGGCACAUUGGACCUGCAAGUGAAGUGAAGUGCGUUCAACUUCAUCCUUUAAAUCCUCAAUAUAUGGCAGUUGGUUGCAGCGAUCCCUUUGUUCGUCUUUUCGAUAGACGUAUGCUUACACUAUCCAACGUUAGUAAUUCCAAAACUAUAACUUCGAAUGACUUGCAACCCCCUCAUGGUUGUGUGAAUUAUUUUGCUCCUGGACAUUUACCGUCACGUGCAGGCCGCGUGAAGCAGAGAAGGAGGAGACAUUACGUCACAACUUUUGCUACUUUUAGUCCAGACGGUGAAGAGCUGCUCCAAAACUUAGGUGGUGAACAUAUUUAUAUAUAUAAAAUUAAUGAACCCAGAAAAGCCUUGACGUUUUUCUCACAUGAAGAGUCGAAUCAUAAAUGUAGCAAUUUCAAUGGCAUGAAUCAAACAAAAAAUGGAAUACAUAAGAAUGGACUUAACGGAUUAACUUCAACCUAUGAGAGCAGGAAACGUGAAUUGAAAAAAAUAGUCGACACAGAAAAUAAAGACUUACCUGAAAAAGCAUUAAUUUUGAAAUUAAGGGGAAACGACGCUUUCUCUCAGGAAAAUUAUUUUAUUGUAUAUCAAACGUACCUAAGAAAUUACAACUAGCGCAAGUGAAAACAACCAAAUUUGCUGCAGAAAGCACAAGUAAUGGUAUAGUAGGUUCAAAAACUUCCGAUAAAAUAUCUGUUUGUUCACCAAUUUUGUCAGUGAAUAGCAAUCUCACUGAGG